CUCAGCCGCCCGGUGAUAUUGACAAUAGGAGAGAGAAAGGGGCAUUGACUGGGACCCAUCGCGGGUAGCGAACUGUGGCUCUGGCAGCGGCGGCUCCAGCUCCUGCGGCUCCUCCUUCUUCUCUGGCCCCCUUCUCUUGCUGCCGCUGCAAAUCCAGUCUUCCUCCCUCCCUUCCCCCCCUCCCCACGUCGCCGCCGCCGCCGCCGCCGCCGCCGCCGGGUCCCGGGCAACGAGCUGAGGCGCCGCCCGCCAGGAAUGUGAGCGAGGAGCCACCGGCGGAGCCGCAACGGGGUCGGUGCCGAUUUGAUGGGACGGGCCCGCGGGGGAGGAUCGUGAGGCCGCCGCCGCCGCUGGAGCGCUGAGGUUCGGGUCCGGCCGUGAGGCCUAGAGGCUCCGCCGCCGCGGAACCGGAGGGACGCCGUACCGGACAGCCGUCGCCCCGGGCUCCCCGCAGCUCCCCGGACCUCCCCCUGCACGUCCCGGUCCCGCCGCCCGCCCCCGCUGCGGCCCCCUUGCCCGUCUCCGGCCCCUCCAAGCCACAGAUCAUCUUCGGAUUCUUCCUCAGAAGCUUCAAGUAGGGAUAUGUCCUCAGCACCAACUACUCCUCCAUCAGUGGAUAAAGUAGACGGAUUUUCUCGGAAGUCCGUCAGAAAAGCCAGACAGAAGAGGUCGCAAAGUUCCUCACAGUUUAGGUCUCAAGGCAAGCCUAUUGAGUUAACACCUCUGCCGCUGCUAAAAGACGUUCCAUCCUCAGAGCAGCCUGAACUGUUCCUAAAGAAACUUCAGCAGUGCUGUGUCAUUUUUGACUUCAUGGACACGCUAUCUGAUCUUAAAAUGAAAGAAUACAAGCGCUCCACUCUUAAUGAACUGGUGGACUACAUUACAAUAAGCAGAGGCUGUUUGACAGAGCAGACUUACCCUGAAGUAGUUAGAAUGGUAUCUUGCAAUAUAUUCAGAACUCUCCCUCCUAGUGACAGCAAUGAAUUUGAUCCAGAAGAAGAUGAACCUACCCUUGAGGCAUCGUGGCCACAUUUACAGCUUGUAUAUGAAUUUUUCAUACGAUUUUUGGAAAGCCAAGAAUUCCAACCCAGCAUUGCCAAAAAAUAUAUAGAUCAGAAAUUUGUAUUACAGCUUCUGGAGCUAUUUGACAGCGAAGACCCUCGGGAACGGGACUACUUAAAAACAGUUUUACACAGAAUUUAUGGCAAGUUUCUUGGUCUUAGAGCAUUUAUCCGAAAACAGAUUAACAAUAUUUUUCUAAGGUUUGUUUAUGAAACAGAACACUUCAAUGGUGUAGCUGAACUGCUGGAAAUAUUAGGAAGUAUUAUCAAUGGCUUUGCUUUACCUCUUAAGGCAGAACACAAACAGUUUCUGGUGAAAGUGUUGAUCCCCUUACACACUGUCAGGAGCUUAUCACUCUUCCACGCACAGCUGGCAUAUUGUAUAGUACAGUUUCUGGAGAAAGAUCCUUCACUCACAGAACCAGUUAUUAGGGGGUUAAUGAAAUUUUGGCCUAAAACAUGUAGUCAAAAAGAGGUCAUGUUCCUUGGGGAACUGGAAGAAAUAUUGGAUGUGAUUGAACCUUCACAAUUUGUUAAAAUCCAAGAACCUUUGUUUAAACAAAUUGCCAAGUGUGUAUCUAGCCCCCAUUUUCAGGUGGCAGAAAGAGCACUCUAUUACUGGAAUAAUGAAUACAUCAUGAGUUUGAUAGAAGAAAACUCUAACGUCAUCCUUCCCAUCAUGUUUUCCAGCCUCUAUAGGAUUUCAAAAGAACAUUGGAAUCCGGCUAUUGUGGCGUUAGUGUACAAUGUGUUGAAGGCAUUUAUGGAAAUGAACAGCACCAUGUUUGACGAGCUGACAGCCACAUACAAGUCAGAUCGUCAGCGUGAGAAAAAGAAAGAAAAGGAGCGUGAAGAAUUGUGGAAAAAAUUGGAGGAUCUGGAGUUAAAGAGAGGUCUUAGACGUGAUGGAAUAAUUCCAACUUAACAAAAAUAAUGACAACAACAUUACUAACCUGUGGAGUCACACAUUUAUGUAGUAGAAGAUGGAGCAACAGUUUUCUGUAUUGUGCAACUUUACAGUAGAUUUCACAUUUGUUUCAUUAUUACAACAGCACUGUAUAUACCUGUCUCUAAGUAAAGGAAAAAAAAAUAAGGACUUCAAUCCAAAGUUUGGACAGUAGAUGGACUUCUCAGAACUUUGCAAACAUAAUCAUUGUUCUAACCCUCUCUAAAAAGCAAAUCGGUCUUCAAAGAUCUGUUGAUGAAAUUGCUAUGUUAAAAUUCCAUUAUUGGGAGUUCCUUAUUUAUCACUAGCAGAGAGUAUGAUACAAUUUUCAAAUGUGAACAAUCUUAAAUUUAGCUUGUCUUUCUGCUAAGCUGUUAAAUGUAUUUAUAGUAAAGGAAAAAAAGACUGUCAUUUCCUUAUAAGUUUGUAUAACAUCCUCCUCUGGAUCACUUGACUGUAAUUUGACAUCUUUUUCUUUUGCACAUCUUCCUGAGUUGAACGUCCACGUGGAAUGGGGCCAUGAAUUAUAAAGGUCCCUGAUAAAAGUUCUGUUUACUGGGGUGAACAUCUUUCCAGUAACCAGGUAGUCCUGGUACUCCUUUAGUUUUAAAAUUAGGAGUUAAAAGAGAAGAGGUGAUAAACAUAGUAGGAAAGGGAAUUUUGGAUUCACGCAUCAGUUUAUGGUGAAUCCAAAUCAAUGUCUUGAAUCCUUUGAAAACAGGCACUGGGACAUCACAGGCUUCAGUACCUGACCAGUAUUAGUUGCAUAUAUCAUUGAACACACAUACCAGAGAUGUUUCAGAAAUGUGAGAAAAACAUCCUUUUGGACCAUUUGAAAUAAAGACAAACACUAAACAAUACGACCAUGAAAUUGAUCGCCGGGAUUGCAAAGCUAAUUGGGAAAAGAGUUGAGCAAACAGCUUGGACUGUUUGGAGUUGUUGCCUUACUUUUUAAUAUGUAUUUAUAAAGUAUUCCAGCAAAAGAGGAUGUAGCCUCUGGGAAAAAACAAACAUGUUAACAGUGUUUUUUGUAGAUUCUCGUUCUAUAUCUCAUCACAGCGCCAGCCCUGUUUUUAGCCGGAAAGGAUUCAGGAUAAACAUUAUUAUGCAUUCUGAAUUGGAUGCAUAUUCCUAACUACUGUAUUUGUUAUCAAAAGUGGUUCUACAAAUGCUACUGAAAAAAAUCUGGAAAUUCCUAAUGUCCUGAGUAUUAAUAAUAAAGUUUAAAAAUGCUUUUAUAUCAAAGGUGCAUCGUGACCAAAUUGUUUAAGAAAAAAAAAACAAAAAAUCUAGGGCUGUAUUAUAUAUAUGUAUCUAUAUAUGUAUAUAUAGAUACAUAUACAUAUAUAUAUACACAUAUAUAUAUAUCUUAUUGGCUCUCUGCUUUGUAUUUAAAAGAAGAAUCUACAUCUUGGGUAGGUAAACUGCUGAUAAAACUUGUGUAUAGUAUGUAUUUACCUAAUGCAGUAGCAUUAUUAUAUAGUGAAAGAUAUGUGUUUGGGGGUUUAUUUCCAGGAUGAUUUUUGUUCUUAUGGACAUGGCAGCAGUGAGUUGGUAAUCCUAAACCAUCACUUCCAGCAGUAUUCAUGAUACAGAGCUGAUUCUGUGUUCAUAUGUUGAAUUGUGGUAGUAACAAACAUGAACAUAUGAACUAUUGUUGCUCUUAAUAGAAAUACAAUACAAAUUUGGGCUUGUAUAUUUUCUUAUUUACAUUUAAAUAUAAAGUAGAAUAUGCAGUUUUAUUAUUUUCAAGAAAAAGGAAAAAAAGCUGCUGACCACCUCUCUCUCCCAAAAAGUUUUUCAGGAUUAUCAGGUCACAGUGUAUACAUAAGAGUCAGUUAAUUAUGGAUAUUGUCAUCUUGGUAACUUUGUAAAAAAACAAAAACAAAACUGGCAUUGUUAAUUCCUAAAAAGAAACAGCAGUUAAAAAAAAAAAAAAAAAAGUCAUAUGCAACACCAGACACAACAUGGCUUAAUGGAAUUAAUAGUUUUUGUUUUUUUUUUUAAAGAACAUUGAUAAGGAUUCACUGUAAAGUUGGCAGAGAUUGCCAAAGAGAAAACAACUGACUUUAAAAUGCUGGAACAAGGUGAUAAAAAAUAAAUUUGUAACAAAUCUUCUCCUCUUUAGCCCUUGUGAUUUUAGCCCUUUAGUUUUAACUCUGCAUUAUAUUUAUUUUUGAUAGUAUAAACUUUUGUUUGCCAUUAAUUAAUCUUUUUAGGUAGAAGACAUUAAAAUCACAGGUUUAUGAAGAAUCUCUGCCCAUUGGAAUGAAAUGCAGUCAUUUGAAAUGAGAAAGGCCAGGACCCUUUUUGCACCUUACCCUGUCUUCAAGAGUAAAGGUGAAAACUUACAGCUCUCUUCCUUGAUGUCAAUUUUCUAUGUUGAUCAUUCCAAACUGAGAAGAAUAAAGCCAAGUUUUAGACAUAUUUAAAGAAUAAAAUAAAGCUAUAUGUCUAAAAUUCAUGGGGACAACUUCUGAGAAGAAACACUGUCUUUUUCUUUUUUAAUGGAAAGUGACAAUGUGACAUUUGUCAUGUUGUGUGCGGUGACGCAGAGUAACUGAGGUAAUCUGACUGUUGCACUAUGUGACAUAUUUCAGGAUGUACUUGCUGCAUUUGCAGCAGCCCUCUCUCUCUGUCCCUUCCCACAGUUCUGCUGUUGCUGCAACUUGAGUUAAUUGUGACAAAUGCAUCUUUGUGUUAUAUUUUGUUUGCUUCAUAAUUUCCAGAACUAUAUAUAAAUAUAUUUUUAAAAUAGCAAAUAUUGUAGUUAGUGAGUGAUGCUCACUCCAACCUUAUCCUUACCAUAUUGGUUUCAGGGAUAGGAUUAAGAGUGUCUUUGGAAGAAAAAAAUACACACAGCCCUGUGGUUUAGAAUGAUGCUGAGGCCUUAGGCUGUGGGCCUAGAACAACUAUGUGAGUGAAUUCACCCAUCUCAUUCUUUGAAUCAAGCAUGCAUUCCUUUUUCUCAUUGUGCAAGUACCCCCAGUUGUUUUCCUUCAGUGUUGAGUUUUUUCCUUUUAAAUUUUAUUAUAUUUUGCUCUCCCUAACAUCUGACUGUUUUUUAUAAAAGAAAAGAAAAAAUAAUAAUAAAAAAAAAGAGAUAAAUAAUACCCUCGAUGCCGCUGGAUACUCACAAGCAGGGUUAUGCUCCUUCAUCUUGGGCUUGUUUGCCUAAAUGAAAGGGUUUAAUUUAUUUUGUACCUCCUAUGCGUGGGAUAGUCCAGGGUGCAGAGCCAGGACUUGCUUGUAAUUGCACCUGCUAUACUUAAAUGUAUAGCCCUAGGCUCAAUCACAUUAUGGAAAGAAACAAAAAAAGUAUAUUUAGAGCUUUAAAAGCUUUUUUAUUUUUUUGUGGGGAUGAGGGUGGGAUGGGAAAGGGAUGUAUGGAUGUCAUUGGCAUUUUUAAGUGUUUAGAGUUUUUUGGGGUUUUGGGUUUUUUGUUUUGUUUUGUUUUUCCUUGUUUUCUUUUUUCCUUUUAAUUGGAUGCACUGACCUGGCCCAGGAAAUGAAGAGAUUCUCUUUUGAUGCUAUUACCAAUGUUAUCAUAAAGUGACAGUCACCUGUAACAAAAAGGUGGCACCAAACGUGAUCACUGAUGUUUUAUUUGCACAUCAAUAUUUUUAUUUUUGUACUUCGGCUCAGCUGCUUCUCUGAGUGGAGUUAAGGAAUGAGCCGCAAAGGAGUUUUGUAGUAGGUAUAUUGGCAUUGCGUUUUAUAUUCCUCUAUAUUUAAUUUUGAAAAUCUGAAAGAAGGAUUGUGCAUCUUGAGAGAAAGUUGAGCAAAUUGUGAUCUAGCGGAAUGUUAAUUUGUGCUGCUUCUUGUGCACGACAGCAGCAGUAGUAUCUCUCUUGGAAAUAAACAUCCAUAUUAUGAUGUCUAUGAAUAUAGGUUUCCUUUUCUUCCUUCCCUCCGUCCUUUCUAUCCCCACCUUUCUCUUUCUUUUCUCUCUCAGCCUCUCUUUUCCUCCCUCCGCCUUCCCUUCCUCUUUCUUUACUUUUUUCGAAAUCACUUAUUGUAAAUAAGUUGUAAUCCAAACCUCAUGUAUCAAUGGGGAACUUUCAAAUAUAAAUAUUACCAAUGCAUUUUCUGGUUGUUGUCUGAUUUUUGAUUGAAGUAUAAUGAGAAUGACAUGUCCGUUGCUUUUGGUUUGAGGACUUCGCUUUAGCUUCAUAAAUCUUUUGGUAUUUUAGUAUUUCAUUGUUUUAGCAGGAGAGGGCAGCAAAAGUUCAUUUUCCCUGUUAGUAAUGCUGUGGUUCAUGAUCGGUUUUAAAUUUAGCUGUGUGUGUGUGUUUUUUUAAACAGCAUCUGUUUGUGAGUAGAGGUAAAAAUGAAACAUUUUUGAUAUGAAAAGUUGCAUAUGAAAAUUACAGACUGGUUCAACCAGACAGGGAAGACUUCUGAUCCACAUCAAACUUAAAAUGCCACAAAACAAUCUUCCACCUGUAGCUAAAACAUGCUACUUCCCUUUCAAACACAACAAAAUGCAAGCUGAGUCUUAAACACUUGGAAUUUAAAAUGUUUUUAUUUGGAAAUGAUUUGCUUUCUUCAAAGUGGUAACAGAAACAAAAAUGAAGGUGCUCCCCAAAAAGAAAUGUAACCUUCCUCUUUCACAGUUGUGUGAGAGGUUCUGUACUGUGGGUGCAUCAUAAUAAAGAAGCAGUGAAGAGUU